AUGUCUUUUACUCAUUUGACAGCUGCGCCUUCUACUACCUCCACAUCUACGACGCGGGACUACCCAAAGAUAGAUGUUGAGCUUUCGGUUAUUCCUUGCUCUGGGAGUGAGGGCUCAUGGACGCCAGAGGAGCACGUUCAUCCGAGGCAAUGGAGCCAGGCGCGGAAGGCAUAUGAUACAUGCUUGAUUGUCUUUCUCGAGUUCUUCACUACCAUGAUCAGCACCGCAGGAUCACCGAUUGCUGGACACAUUCACGGCGAUCUUAACCUAAGCCCAGUUGCAGCGACUUGCGUUUUCGUUUCAACAUAUCUCAUCGGUCAAACUGUUGGAGGAGUUUUCUUCCCACCCUGGUCAGAGUCCUUUGGCCGUAAGAAACUCUACGUAAUAAGCACUGGCCUUUACAGCCUGUCUUGCAUCCUCGUCGGCAGGAUACCAACGAUUCCUGGCAUUGUUGUCGGUCGUUUCAUUGGCGGACUGUUGUCGUCGGUCCCUACCAUUGUUGCCACGGGCAGUAUCGAAGACCUUUGGGAUACCAAUGCGCGAGUAUGGUGGCUAUACUGGUGGUCACUGGUCGCGAACCUCGGGAUAUUGACGGGGCCGGUCUUUAGUGACUUGGUCAUGAGAAUCACCGCAUGCGUCACUAUGCUGCUCCUCACAAUCAGGGAGUCCCGUCCCUCCGUCGUACUAGCGAGGGCCCAGGCACUCACCGAAGUCCAAGGCCCGAGCACGAACAUCACCUCACCGGGUAAGGUGUUCCCUUCAACGCACGAGAAGCUCGACCUCCUCCGCCCCCUGCGACUCUUCUUCACCGAGCCAAUUGUCUUCCUUGCUGCAGUCAUCAGUGCUAUAGCCUUUGGGCUCGUCUACCUCUUCACCGAAGUCCUACCUCUCGUCUACGUCGACAUGGGCUUUACCGACGCAUCGAUGAACCUACCCUUCCUCCCUCUUGCGAUUGGCAUGGUCUUCAGCGUGCUCACUCGUCUCUACGAUCGUCGCGUCCUUGCCAAAAAGAUGUCGAGGUCGCUACCACUCACACCCGAGUCGAAAUUCACAGGCUUCAUCCUCGGUGCGCCCCUAUUGGCGAUCUUUCUUUGGUGCUUCGCCUUCACUAUCCCACCCUAUACCACAUCGGUACACUGGGCUGUCCCGACGAUAGCGCUCAUACCCAUAGGCUACGCAGUCAAUGAGUUUGACUAUGUGCUGGCUGGAUAUCUCACCGACUGCUAUCAGACAUACUCGGCCAGCGCCUUUGCUGCCCUGUCCUUAUCGAGAUCAAUCCUCUGUUCGGCGUUUCCUCUGUUAGGAAGAGUACUAUUUGACUCCCUGGGUUUCAACGUCGCAACUUCCGUGUUUGCUACUCUAGCUACGGUUCUGUGUGCUGUACCCCCGGUGUUGUUGAGAUACGGGGGUACACUCAGAGCCAAAAGUGCGUUCGCGAGCAAGAACCCGAGAGACCUGGCGAGCUUGUGA